AUGAAUGGGCGCUUUGAAGUUUAUACUGGCACAACAUCCUUUCAUAACCUCACGUUAGCUUCCGUCUUUGAUGAGAAGCGUGAACGGAUAAUUGAAGGAAAUGAUUAUACUGGAAAUAAUCGGGAUUUCGAGACUAUCAAAAGCAUUACUCAUUUUAUAAUUACGGGGCUAGAAACAAAAAGGUCAGAAUGGAAUUAUCGCCCAUUGAAACUAUAG